UCCUUAUUUAAAAAGGGCUUAAGCGUCCUUCCACUUUCUCCAUAUCAACAAAAUAAAUUAUUAAAAACAAAAACAAAAAAUCUCAAUUCUCAAUAGAGCUCUCUGAGCUCUCUCAAUUCUCAUCCAUGGCGUCUCUUUCUUCAAUGCUUUUCUUUGCUUUUUCUUUCCUUUUCUUUCAAUCUUUCGCCGGAAAAAUCUCGCCGGACUCCCACCACCUCACCGUCGAACUCGCCGGCCUUUUCCCCUCCGCCUCCUGCACCCGCCGCUCCCCCCAAGCCCAUAUUUCAAGUCAGAGAGAGCAGUCGUCACUGGAGGUAAUUCACCGGCACGGCCCAUGCGGCGUCGGAGAUUCAAAAUCUCCAACGGCCGCGGAAAUGUUCGUGCAAGAUCAGGCUCGAGUGGAUUUCAUCAACUCUAAAUUCUCAGGGAAGUUCAAAGCCAUGGACAGUUUACGGCCGUCGAAGGCCACAAAAAUUCCGGCAAAGUCUGGUGCCACAAUCGGCUCCGGCAACUACAUAGUGAACGUGGGUCUAGGGACGCCGAAGAAGUACCUGUCGCUUAUAUUUGACACCGGCAGCGAUCUGACGUGGACUCAAUGCGAGCCUUGUGCUAGAUAUUGCUACGACCAAAAGGACCCUGUUUUCGCUCCUUCUCAAUCCACCACUUAUUCCAAUAUCACUUGUUCUUCCCCUGACUGCGCUCAGCUUGAAUCAGGCACUGGGAAUCAGCCAGGUUGCUCCGCCGCGAAAUCCUGCAUUUACGGAAUACAAUACGGCGAUCAAUCCUUCUCCGUCGGAUAUUUCGCUAAAGAAACUCUAACCUUAACCUCCACCGACGUUAUCGACAAUUUCCUCUUCGGUUGCGGCCAAAACAACCGUGGACUCUUCGGCAGCGCCGCCGGUCUCAUCGGCCUUGGCCAGGACAAGAUUUCCAUCGUCAAACAGACAGCCCAAAAGUACGGCCAGAUCUUCUCCUACUGCCUCCCUAAAACCUCCAGUUCCACUGGCUACCUAACAUUCGGCAGUGGUGGCGGUGGCGGCGCUCUGAAAUACACGCCGAUCAUAGAAGCACACGGCGUCGCGAAUUUCUACGGCCUCAACAUCGUAGGUAUGAAGGUCGGCGGAACACAGAUCCCGAUCUCGCCGUCGGUCUUCUCGACCUCCGGCGCGAUCAUCGAUUCCGGCACGGUGAUCACACGGCUGCCGCCGGAUGCAUACAGUGCCUUGAAAUCGGCGUUUCAGAAAGGAAUGGUGAGGUAUCCGAAGGCGCCGGAGCUUUCGAUUUUGGACACGUGUUACGAUCUGAGCAAAUACGCCGCCGUAUCGAUCCCGAAAGUGUCGUUUCUUUUCAAAGGAGGAACAGAGAUCGAUCUUGACGGCACCGGAAUCUUGUACGGAGCAUCGACGGAUCAGGUGUGUUUGGCGUUCGCCGGUAAUCGGGAUCCGAGCACCAUCGCCAUUAUUGGGAACGUGCAGCAGAAGACUUUGCAGGUGGUUUACGAUGUCGGUGGGGGGAAGAUUGGGUUUGGUUAUAAUGGUUGUUAGAGGGCUAUAAAUAUAAAAGUAGGUUUGUUGUGGGGCUAAUAAUGAAAAGAAAAAAAAGAAAAUUUCAAAGAAGAAAAUUUGAUGGGAAAAAGGAAAGAAAUUUUAUUUAUAAUAAGGGUCAUGGAAAUUGGAUUACUGAUGAAUUGUGUGAAGAAAUUUUAGAAGAAAAAAAGGUUGAAAGAAGUUUGCAAAUGUAUAGGAUUCAAAGCCUUUUGUUUGUUGCUUCAUAUUUGUUGUUAUUGUAAUUUACAGCCCUUACAAGUUGUAAUGUUUUCUUUUUUAUUGUACGAUAAGACAAAAAAUUUCAAUUGAAGUUUUAACUGGUUAAGACA